UUCGAAGUUUACGGCUUUCUGAUUGGCUACUCUCCCGAGUCCGUUAGGACCCACCCCUCCCCUUUGCACACGGAAGCCCCGCCCUCUUUCUCAUCAUGGCUCCUGCGGCGGACAGGCAGGGUUUCUGGGGUGCUCCGACUUCAACGUUGGACUGGUGCGAAGAGAACUAUGUCGUCUCGUUUUAUAUCGCGGAAUUCUGGAACACAGUCAGUAACCUGAUAAUGAUCCUUCCUCCCAUUUACGGGGCGUUACAAACGCUUAAGAACGGACUCGAGGUCCGCUACGUGUUGUCCUUUUUAGGACUUGCGGCUGUUGGCGUCGGUUCUUGGUGCUUCCACAUGACACUACAGUAUGAAAUGCAGUUGCUAGACGAGCUGCCGAUGAUCUACAGCUGCUGUGUCUUUGUGUACUGUUUAUAUGAAUGCUUCAAGCAAGACAGCGCAGUUAACUAUUUGCCAGUUGCACUCCUCCUCUUCUUCAGUAUUAUAGUCACUGUGGUGUAUUUGCUGUGGCAGGAGCCGGUAUUUCAUCAGGUCAUGUAUGCGGUGCUGGUGGCUUUCUUAGUGUUCCGGUCUGUUUUCAUUGUCACAUGGGUGUAUCCGUGGCUGAGAGCGCUGUGCUACACGUCAUUAUCCAUCUUCCUGUUGGGAUUUGUUUUAUGGAACGUUGAUAAUAUAGCCUGCGACUCUUUAAGAGCCACGCGACAGAAGCUGCCUCCUGUAGUCGGAGCAGUGACACAGCUCCAUGCGUGGUGGCACAUUCUGACAGGACUCGGCUCCUACCUGCACAUACUCCUCAGCCUCCAGAUUCGGACAACCUACCUCAAGUACAGACCGAAAGUAAAGUUUCUGUGCGGCGUUUGGCCCGUGCUAUGCGUGGAGUCCCAGAAGACGAGUUGAAGGCGCGGUGAGGGGGUGAACACGGCGGCGGAUCACACGGCUCCGACGCCCAGUGAAGCCCAGCCGCUCGCCUCCAGCCCAGUCGGGGACGUGAGCAGCAGCUGGACGUACCCACGAUCCCCUACUUCACUUUGCUGAGUAUAGCUUGGAGACACUUUCCCUGCUGCGGAAAAAAGGCUCCGGUUGUGUUGAUUCAUCACCGAUUAUGUCAGACCUUUGUGGAAGGAGACUGCACACACUUUAUUUUUGCACACCGCUGACGUACGUUACCAUUCGCUGCAACACACACACACCUACACACUCUCUCUCUCUCUCUCUCUCUCAUAUGAGAGACUAACCCUACUUUCGCACUAGCAAGCAACAAACCAGUGGUCGACUAUUUUCUACAUACCAAUGCAUAUACAGACAUUACGCAUAAAAUACAGCUUGUAACGUUCCUAGUGCACUUAACUUGCUUUGCUAAUCUACUACAAAGCUUAUCAUGUAACAUGUAACUCAAACUUCAAAACAUUUCAAACAAAAGCGAUGAUUUAUUUUGGCAUCUUAUUGUUUUUCGUCAGACCUAAAGAGGCUUGUUGCUCGCUAGCGUGAACCUAGAAUCCGUGCGUAGCGGAUAGAGACGUCGGUGUGUGACUUUAUUAUUUUUUAAAAAUUUAUUUAUUUUCUCAAAAUAUCUACCUAGGAAUGAUGUAAAAACCUGAUCCUGAUCGACAUUGAUUACGAACCAUAUCUAAUCGUUAUCCGCCUAAUCACUAAUAUCUGUUUCGGAUCAAUUCAGCUGAUAUCACUGCAUCAUCGUCAAUGUGUGUGGCUAUUUAAAAAAAAAAAAAAAAAAAGAUUUGCUUGUUUUUUUUUUUUUUAAAGGGUCAAAGUGAAACUUGAGAUUGGGGAUAGCUUGAUGGUAAUCAUAUGGAAAAGAAAUCAGAUUGAAAUCUGGAAAUCAACUGGAAUUGAUUGAUUUAUUAUUCUUUUUUUGGUUAUUUAUUAUUUUAAAAAACAAAACAACAUUUUUUUUCUGUUUCUUUUGUGAACUGGAUCCGCAUCUUUGAAGGACGUGACUGAAUGCAUUAAUUUCACAUUGUGCUACUGUGCAGAAAUACUGUAAACUACAUUGGUAGUGUUUCAUGUGUUUAGUGAAUGUAAGGGCUUUCGUUUUAUUUCAAUAUUGAGGAUGCAUCGAUACCGAUAUCAGUCAGAGAUGAAUUAUUCAUAAAGAAAUCAGCCGACGCGGUGGUUUAAAAUGAGCGCGUCGGAAGAUAUUCACUUCAUUCCCGUGAGCGCGGAGACACGCCCCCUUUUCCCUCGCUCAAGGUGCGAUUUACAGCACUCGGUGAUUUUGAAUCACCACGCGUUCAUGAAAUGAUUUAAAACGCCAUCGCAUCCUCAAAUUUUAAACUAAAAUAAAAGGUAUCGAUGCAUCCCUAAUUUCAGCCUAUGAUGUUUUUUUGUUUCUAACCUGUGAUGGCAUUCAUUUUUCUGUAGUUAUUAUUAUUAUUAUGUUUAAUUUAUACACACGUAUAAAUGGAAGGUUUUUGUCCUCCUUCUGAGGCAAGGAAGUAUUUUAUGAAGGAACGAUCGCCAGUGAAGUGACGUGUAAUUGCCGCGGGGAAAAAAGGACGAAUGACGUAAUCUAUCCGUUUCGUCAUUCCGAUAAACGCUAAGGAGUGAUCGAUGCUAAUUCGGAAAGUCGUUCAGGAAGCCAGUCAUUUGUCCGUUGUCAGUUCUCAACUCUAUGCACAAACGUCAUUCGUUAUUUUUGAUCACUUUCCUGAGUAGCACAGAGCUUCUGUACGGUGCCUGUUCAUCUACAACCAGGUUACCUCCUGCUGAAAUCACGUUCAGUUACUUGAACGACCAGUGUGAAUCAUGGAAAUUGUACACACAUGUUUUUGUACUCGUCCAGUGAAUGUUGUUGUUACCAUGCUGUGUUACAUGUAUUCAUCUCUGCAUCACUAUGUCACUAUAUGAAGCUGCAGUCUAACAUGUAUUCCAACUGAAAUGCUGCUUUGGUUAGAGUGGACCUGCUGAUAUUAUGGGUGCCUUAGAUGUAGUCCUAGUGGAACUGUAUUUUACCAUCAGGACUUGAUAUUACCACAUAUUACCUUGCUUCGAUGUCUCGGAUGUCGGACGUUAGUUUCCGAACGUGUUCUGCUCCUCCUGGUGGUGAAUUACCGCCAGUACUGUUCCCGUGCCAUCAUGUGACAGCAUGGCUCGACCACCUCGUUUCCUUCUGUGAAAUCUCUGAACGUAUCAUGUUGAAACCACUGCACAAGUUCCUGUCUGGAAGCAGUACGCGUUCCCUUCAACUGCCGAACGUUGAGUCAUUUCAGAACGAUGUGAUUAAAGUGGGUGUAGUUGGA